AUGGGCCCGACGAAAAGGAAUAUGCAACCAGUACCUUCACUAGCAGACAGAAUAAAGGCUUCUAACAACUCACCUUUAGAACCAACUAAGAGAUCAUUAAAUGAAACGAAACAAGUUGAUCGAGAUAGACUGGUAAGAAACUUCAUCAGACUUUAUUGUCGUGAACUUGCAAUUCGACCUCUUAUGAUACAAGCAGUUGCAGAAGCCAGAGCUACCAAUCUAGAAAUUAUCAACAUAUAUGGACGCAAUGCAAAGGCAUCUAGAGACAACGAGGCCUCUAAAGCUGAUGAAAUAGAACACAACGAAACAAUAUUCCCAAAUAAGUGUGGCAAAUCUAAAAAGCAAUCUACCAGACGUUUGAAAGAUAUUGAUAGUAAUGGAACAACCUUAGCGGAUUUGGUUAAUGGACUUACCAUACAAAGCAAACAAGGAUGCUCAGAUCUCAUUAAGGAUACCGAUGAUGAAGCUCAUAAAGAUGUGUUUAUUGACGGGGAUUUAAAUUUAAAGGCCUCAAGUACUUCUUUAAUUUUAGAUGUUAUUACAAGACAAUCUUUGAAGGGAACAAAGACUGAUACUAAUGACAUUCUGGUUGAAAAUCCAGAUAAACCAUCUGAAUACGACGCAACGAAUUUGAUGAUCAAUGACACAAUUUUCCCUCAUGCAAACAGUAGUGUCCUCGACAUUUCAGACAACUGUGCAUCUGAGCUACCGCACGCCAAUAUCAUAGAACAGAAUGACGGUAGUAUUCCACUGAUAAGGGAUUCAUGUAAUAAGAAAGAAAACCGCGUUAGUUCGAUAUCCUGGAAACCGAAGCGUCAGUUAGUACCUAGAUAUAAGGAUUUUCGCCAACUUGAAAAUACAAAUGGAAGCAAUAUUGAUAACGAACCCUUUUCUUCAGACCUUGUUGAUAAUCUAAAACAACCUGAAGACAAAAUUCGCCCCAUUUCAUCUUUAUCUACAGUCACGGUUUUGCCUGCGUCAGAAACAGACGAGGGUGUUACCACCGAAGAUAUAGCAUCAUCUUCAGAAGCAUUUCCUGAUAUGGAAAGAAAAUUAACCGAAAGUCCUGUUCCCCUUAAAUUGAACAGUAAAAUUCAUACACCACGGGCGCUGAGUUUCCAUGAGUCGAAUAAUCAUAACAAAUUUAGUGGAAUUUUUAAUAAAGGUAAACAAGAUAUACUAACAGAGAACUACUUCUCCGAUACGCCAGUGUUACGUUCAAGAAAUGUCAACCAGAUCAACCAGGAUGUGCAAGCGAAAAAAUUCAACAAGACUGAUAUACAUUUUAAUCGAAAUAGAAUAAACCAGGUGAUAGAUGACCAAACCAGGAAAACGCUGGUACAAAAUCAACUAAAGAAAUUUGGAUUUGAUGGAAAUCCAAGAGGAAGUCAGAAGAAUCAUGUAUCUUCAUGGAAAUCCAAUAUUAAUAUCAAUACAAGAACUGCGUUAAAUGACAGAUUUCUAACAAUGUCGGAUCAGUUUUCUUCAAAGACUGACCCAUUUCAAGAAUUUCCUAAAAAGCUAGGAUGGUUUUUAAAAUCGGGCGAACUAGAUUAUGAUGAACGCUAUACAUUUGAGGACAAGAGACGAACUAAAUCUAAAGCAUACAUGAACGUACAAAGGCAACAUUACAAGCGCCGAACAUUGGACGCGGUUCCUAAGAAUAGACAACAGAAGACACAAAUACAAUUAGUAACAGAUAGAAGACAGGAUAUAUUUACACCUGGUAAACCUUUUUAUAAUCAAGAACCUAGAACGCCUAUAAUAACAAAGAGGCUGCGUUUCAUGAAAAGAAUGGUGACGAAGCCUUUACAUAAACGAAAACCGUUCAUAACAGUUGUGUAA